AUCAGUAACAGUUCAACAGCAUAGCGCUAAGGACGACAAAUCGGAUCGAAGUUACCGCAAAAAUAAAGCACCAGUAGUCUGAUUUUUAUAACAAAAGUAUAUUUUCACAAAAUUAUGAGUCUUACAACCAGACUGAUCAAUUUAGAACUAAUUAUGGCCGCCAACAAACAUUACGAAACAGUCAACCAUCAGGAAGACACGACAUUGAGACAAUUAGAAGACGUUUUAUGUACUUUCAACGCAGAGAAGAUUGAUAUUAAAAAGCAAGAAGUGGCGGUAUAUGAGUCGCAAGAAACAUAUAGACGUUGUACAGCUCGAAAACGUUUGGAAUUUUGUGAUUUUAUGGACUGCUACUACGAAGAGAGCUCAGCUGAGCUCGAAUCGUCUUUUAAGCGCAUGACCAAGCAGGAACGUGGACUUCUUAGACGCUACGCAACAAUUUCCAUGGAAGAAGAUGCUGUAGACUUCUGCUUAGGACAGUAUAAACGCAGGCGAUAUGAGUAGUAUUGUAGGUGAAAUGUUUAUUUUAGGUUAGGUUUAUUUUGUAUCUCACUUCUUACACUCGAGGAUGGUAGACGAGUAGGUUAGUACGUGACUACGAAGCAUAGGUUCACUGUCCAUAUUCGGCAUGAUAUUUAAUAAAUUUUUAACUUUAUAACGCUCAUUACAUAUAGGUGGCAACGCACUCACAGAACUUUGUCUAAUUUGCGAAUAAGAAAUAAUUUUCCUAUAAAUUCAACUUUGAGUAAUGAAGAAAAUUGUAAAAUCUUGAAAUAGUAUUAGAAUAUAUUCAUUGUUUAAACUUCUUACUAAGUAUUAUUAACUUAUUAAAAAUUUCGAAAAAUUCAAAA